AUGCCUGAAACAAUUAUGGACGCAAUCGCAGCAGCACUCCCAAGGCUGGAUGAGGAUCGGCUGAGGUCACUGGUUGAGCGACUGCUUUUGGUUGUUGGAAUAGAAGAAGUUGCAGAUCUGAGUUAUGUGAAGGAGGAUGACAUCCAGGACAUCCUGACACCCAUACAGAGCCGCAAACUUAUAGAUGCCUUUCAGAGGAGAGGUUUGUCCAAUUUUAUAGCCAAGAAUGUUGUUGCUCAAUAUCCCAAAACUUUUGCUGAUGUCACAGAUGAGGGAGACCUCUUGGGUUCUGGUUACACUUCCCUCCUGAAUCAUAUCAAAACAAGAGUGCAACAUGUCAACAGGAACAACACUCUCUCUAGAAUUCGAAGACCAAAGAGGACAAACAAGAAUGAUGGUGAUGCCUCCCAGUCCCAGCCCAAAAAUACCUGCAGUCAAGUGGACAGUUAUGGAUGCAUCAACUGGCAGCCUCAUAACCUGCCUGAAGGAGAGACAGUAGAUUCUCUUGAGGUCAAGAGACAGAUGUUGGUCACGCUGUACAGGAAGGAAGGACCCAGAGGGGCAGAGAGGGGGAUGGUUGAUGACCUUAUGCACAUAACGUACCUAAAGCAGCAGCAACUCAUCAACUUCAGUCCUCCUUUCAGAGUCAGUGAUGUUAUGCAAGAGUGGCCCUUUCUUUUCCAGAAAAGAUGGCUCUGUUCUCACUUUGAAAAGCUGACUGGGAUUGACAUUAUCUCAAGACUGACCGAGGCACUGCAGAAUAAAGGCAGGCGAGUCAUCAACUACUUCCAGCAUCAGAAGUUGAAGUGGAGAGGGGAGAUUCAGUUGCUGCUGACCGAGAUGGAGAACGACUCAAGGACACUACAAGAUCAAGAUUUGAUGGCGACUUCAGUUGUCCUGCUCUUGAUGGCCUACUUCAGGGAGGCGACGGACUCCCUGUUCAUGCUGGCCGAUCGAGCAAUGUUGGUGUUCAGUAUCUUGCUCAAGGACACUUCGACACGUGCCAGGGAGGAGCCGGGGGGAUCCGGGAAACCAAGCAACCUUUCCGAUUGGGGAGCGGACGGCGCGCUCCUGCCUCUGAGCCACCGAGCCGCCCUACAAAUCAGGUUUCUGGUCAGGAUCAACCCUGAGGAUGGCAAGAAAUGCUCUGCCAGACAGGGAGUGAGCAAGAAGACUGGGAGGGUGGUUCACAGGAAGGUAAUGGCCAUCAACCCGCAUGUCAACAGCUUCAUUCGGUCCUUGAUGGAGUUUGAAUGGAGGACUUCAAACUGA